AUGAUCUUGGCCAAGCAAAUGCGCACGAUUCACUUGCUCGAAGAGCAUUUGAGCUCGAUCGUGCAAGACAGCCCGGCGCUGCGCUACUUUCGCGAGUGCCGAAAGCUCAGUGAGCCCCAGCCGCGCAUUACGAGCUUGAAGACGAUCAUGAAGCAGCGCUACUCGACGACCAUGUCCGAGCCCGCGGGACCGGAAGAGCGCUCGUUCGGGUCGGCCCAAAGCUCGUGGUCGCUGCGCCAGGCCAAGGAAAUGGACUGGAACCUCGCGAUGCCCGCCGAGUGCUUUGUGUGCCGCACGCUCCUUCGCGCCGGCGCACCAACGGCGUGCGCCACGUGCAAGAAGACGGCCUGCGCCGAGUGCUGCCGUCCCAAUAGCGAGCCGCGUCAAUGCCUCGUAUGCGCCGAGAAGAACGACGACGGCCGCCUGCUGAAGCGCAUGACGCCCCAGCACGCACAGGUCUACACGCGCCGGUCGUCCACGUCGUCCAGCGUGUCGCAGCAAUGCACGACGCCCGGCCGAGUGCCGGCCAGAGGACACCGCCGGGAUCCCAUCGACCUCUCGUACCUCAAUCGUCUUUAAGCGGGUCUACCUCGAUGCGGUCGAGGCAGGGAUUUGUAUAUUUAACAUCAUGCAUUG